AUGCCGCACACGUCGGCACCACGGAGUCUGCUGGGGCUCGCCAGAAGAUUCAACCAGCUUAAUGUGGCCGAUCCAUUGACCCAAUGCCUGGCACCGCGGCUGAGCUGUCGGACAUUUGCAUCCCAAACCCACCUACCUGUCGCCGAGCUCACCAAAGACACCGAACAAAGGAGUGAAUCCUCCCACACUCAAAUUCCUUCCAUUGAGGCAUCGCCCACGCCGGGCUUGUCAACCUCCGCAGAGCUACAUGCUUUAGACCACCCGGUCUUAGCUACCCUGUAUUCAUGGCCUCACAUCGAACCUGCCCGUUAUGCUCUGUAUGGGCCACGUUACUUGGACGCCCCUUUGCGCCGAGACCUUCUUCACCGCGCGGUGGUCUAUGAAGCGGACGCGACACGCCAGGGCACAGCGAGCACAAAAUGGCGUUUCGACGUCCAUGGGUCGAACCGCAAAUUGUACCAGCAGAAAGGCACAGGCCGCGCUCGUGUAAGAGAUAAAAAGUCCCCGAUCAGAAGAGGUGGUGGUGUUGCGUUCGGCCCGAAACCGAGGGAUUUCUCGACCGAACUGCAAAAGAAGGUUUAUCAUCAAGCAUUCCGGAUUGCACUGAGCUAUCGAUUCAGAAGAAACGAAUUGAUCAUCCUGGACAACAAAAUCAAUCUACCAGAUGGAAACAGCGCACGGUUUCUCAACAACAUUUUCGAAGCCAACUACUGGGGCCAGGGGCACGGUCGGAGCCUCCUUGUCACAAGUACGCCAGAGUCGUCUGGCGCACGGAUCUUCGACGAGAUGGAUACGAUUGGCGAGCACGGCGAGCUCAAAGACAUUGAGGACGUGGAUGUCAAGGAUCUCCUGACCAGCGGGCGAGUAGUGAUUGAGAGAUCUGCUUUGCUCAGCUUGUUGUGUAAGGAGCAAACAUUCAAAGAGAACGGAACGGUGUUUACUUUCGAGAAACCGUUGAAGGAUGUGAAGCUCGCGAAUAAGCUUCAGGUGCCUGAGAAGGUUGUACAGUACUUGUGA